UCUUUGGCAGAAGACAUGAAAUUUUGGGUGAAGCUCAGACCCUUCUUGAAGGGUCAGCUCGUUGAUAAAAACCUUUCAUUUCUUGACAGUUACGUCAAGCAUUCCCUGGAAAGGGGAGCUCAGCCCUAUAUUCCUGAGAAUGAGCGUUCUGGAACAUUAAAUACGAGCAAUAUCUGGGCCCAUGAUCAUCAUGAAACCUCAUCUCAUGGUCUUCGAUUUGAAGCAUACGAGCUCCCAAAGAUCUCAGUCCCAUUAAGGAAUCCUUCGGUUUCACUUGCAUCCUCAACUGAACUUGUUCCAGCAGCUGAACCCUUAUAUUAUGUGGAGACACAGCUGGCGACAACCAAGACAUCUGUGUCAGAUGCAGGAUCAUCGGAAGUUAAGCUUCGGUUGGACGGGGUGCAAAAGAAGUGGGGUAGGUCAGCAUACUCAACUCCUGCACCAUCUACAUUGGAGUCUCCUAUUCAGAAGACGGCGAAUGGCAUAACACAAACCAAUGGGGCUGGCACGGUGAGUUCAAAAACACAUGAUACGUAUGAUUCAAGGAAAUCAUCAGUUGAAAUUAAUCCAGAAAAGCAGAAGCUUGCUGCUUCACUUUUUGGGGGUCCAUUGAAAGGUGACAAGAGAUCGACUUCUACUGGCCAUAAAGUGCCCAAGACAAGCACUUAUUCUGCAGAGAAAGCUAAUGUAUCGAAGGGAGCAGUUGUUUCUGCAAAUGAUAUUUCGGCAGAGAGGACAAUAACUGUGCAACCUCCUCCAGACUUGCUUGACUUGGGUGAACCAACAGUUACCAGUAGUGCCCUAUCUGUGGAUCCAUUUAAACAACUGGAAGGGCUUCUUGACCCAACCCAAGUUACUUCAAGCAUAAAUCAUGGUGGCGCUACUAAAGCACCUGAUAUCAUGGCACUAUAUGGAGAUCAGGUUAGUAGUACUGUUAGUCCACUACCAUCUACCAUGGAUGAUACCAACAUUUUAUCUGGAUUUACAAAUGCGGUAAGCCAACCUGCUCUUGGAGGAAGUACAGUAAUGCAACAAACACAAUUUGGUAAAGGGCCAAACGCUAAAGAUUCCAUAGAGAAGGAUGCGCUGGUGAGGCAGAUGGGUGUGACUCCAUCAAGUCAUAAUCCUAAUUUGUUCAAAGAUCUGCUAGGCUAAAUGUUGUCCCAUGUUUAAAAUCAAAAUGUCCUUGAGAUACUACUAGUCCACACGUGAUCAUGCAACUGGCUACUGAUAAGUAUCUUGUCAGUACAAGGUAUGAUUAUACCAAGUGAAAAUAAACAUACAGUUCAGAAUGUGCAGUGCUUUAAAGAACUAGGUACAGGUUUAUAGUUGCUGAACAGUACAGUUCUGCUUUUGUGGUAGAUAUAGAAAGUUGUAGAUGUUGAAAAGUUCUUUGUCAAGUUAAUCAGGACUUCCUUAGUUUUUUAAUCCAUUAUCGAGUUAAUCAGGAGGAGCUUCCUCUGUUUUUUUAUCCAUUAUCGAGUUAAUCAGGAGGAGCUUCCCAUGCUUGUGACACAUAAGAUGGUUUUGGUGCAUGCUUGAGAGGGCAGAAAACAUUGAAUUUUAUGGCGUUGAGCCAUCCUGUUGUUAUAAUAAUUGUUUAUCAAUGAGUUAUUUGGAGUUUCUCCAAUUCCAGACACUACAAAAACUUGUAAGUUUGUUUCCAUUUGACUAGUUUUCUAUGCUUCGCAUCGCAAAAAAAUCUUAUGGUUAGCUGAUUCGGACUGGAGAAAAAUUUUACUUCUGUAACUGACUUUUUUUACUAAUCUCUGUUUGGACUGCUUUCUGGGAGGUUAUGAACAUGGAAAGUCAUUUUUUGGAGACA